CUCGACGGAGUGAAGCCUGCAGAACCCCACUCCUCCACGUCUCUGAAGCCAUAAAUAAUUUUCUUGUCCAUUUCCUGCUCUGUGGACCGUGAAGCUAAUCAUACAUAGACGGACACAGGCAGACCCUUUAGUCACAGAAAAGCAACUCUCUCUCUCUGUCUCUCUCUCUAAGCGUCUUCCUUUCUGUGUGCGUUAGUUAUAUAUGCAACGCCAAUAUAUUGGGUAUGAAGGUCUGAGAGGUCGAGAGCUGAUAAGGGACACGUUUCUAGGAACGGUGUUUUAUGCCUUGGGAUUGUCCAGCAGCUUUCAGUUCUUCCGAGUGUGAUUCAAUUGUCUGAGUCUCUCUCUCUCUCUCUCUCUCUCUCCCUCUCUCUCCCUCUCUCUCUCCCAAGAUCCCUUGCUCUUUUUCCUCUUCAAACUCAACGUUCAAAUAGCUUCCAACAAACCCAGGGAAAAGGAAGAAGGUUGCUGAUUUGAUUUCAGCAUAAAAGUCUGCAACUUUAGCUGCUGCUACGAAGUUUUUUGUAGCCAUGUCUUCCGGGACUUGGAUCACAUCAUUUUCGUGUUCGCCAUCCGUGGUUCAGUCCUCGGAGGACACCGCCGUGACACCAAUCUUUCAAUGGCUGAGAUUCAUUUUCCUCUCUCCCUGUCCUCAGAGAGCUCUGCUGUCCACUGUCGACCUCCUCUUCUUGCUCUCGCUCUUGGCAUUUUCGAUACACAAGCUUUAUUCCCGCUUCAUCUCCGCGGAUGGCGGCCGCAACUCCGACCUCAACAAGCCCCUCAUUAGGAACAACAGAGCUCAUCUCAGAACUACUCUCCUCUUUAAGGCUUCUCUGAUGGUGAGCAGUCUGUUGACAAUAUGUUAUGCAGUUGUUUGCAUUCUUGCUUUCACUAGAAGCACCGAGUUGCCAUGGAAGCUCGUAGACGGGGUUUUCUGGUUGGUUCAGUCCAUAACUCAUGCAGUGAUCACAAUUCUGGUGGCGCACGGGAAGAGAUUUGAAGCGGUUAAGCACCCGCUUUCUCUUCGGAUUUAUUGGGUUGCAAACUUUGUGGUUAUUUCCUUGUUCACAGCAUCGGGGAUACUUCGUUUGGUUUAUGCUCAAGGAAUUCAGGAGCCUAGUUUGAGAUUGGAUGAUAUAGUUUCAAUGGCUUCUUUCCCUUUGGCGAUUGUUCUUCUUGUUAUCGCCAUUAGAGGAUCAACUGGGAUUUCUGUGAACAGAGAAUUUGAGGGAGUUACAAACGGAGACGCAGUAUUAUACGAACCCCUUUCGAACAAAUCCAAUGUGACUGGCUUUGCUUCGGCUUCUAUAAUUUCUAAAACCUUUUGGAUUUGGAUGAAUCCUCUGCUAAGUAAAGGGUACAAAAGUCCGCUGAAGGUUGACGAAAUCCCAUCCCUUUCCCCGGAACAUAGAGCUGAAGUAAUGUCAGUUCUCUUUGAAUCGAAGUGGCCAAAACCGCAAGAAAAAUCAGACCAUCCAGUUCGAACAACAUUACUCCGGUGCUUCUGGAAAGAAAUUGCUUUCACAGCUUCCCUUGCUGUGAUCAGGCUUUGUGUCCUGUAUGUUGGGCCUGUGCUUAUCCAAAGUUUUGUAGAUUACACCGCGGGAAUAAGAACCUCGCCAUUUGAAGGAUACUACCUCGUAUUGAUCCUUCUAUGCGCGAAAUUUGUCGAAGUUUUAACCACUCACCAAUUUAACUUCAACUCCCAGAAGCUUGGGAUGCUCAUUCGUUCCACGCUUAUUACUUCUUUGUACAAGAAGGGGUUGAGGUUGUCAUGCUCAGCUCGGCAGGCUCAUGGAGUUGGACAGAUUGUGAAUUACAUGGCGGUUGAUGCCCAACAGCUCUCAGAUAUGAUGCUGCAGCUGCACUCUAUAUGGAUGAUGCCGGUGCAACUUACCAUCGCAUUGGCCCUUCUAUAUAACACCCUUGGUGCAGCAGCGAUCACAGCUGUAAUCGGAGUCAUGUGUAUUCUUGUGUUUGUUGUGCUGGGAGCGAGGCGGAACAACAGGUUCAAUUUUAAUGUGAUGAAGAAUCGGGAUUCAAGGAUGAAGGCAACGAACGAGAUGCUUAAUUAUAUGCGCGUGAUCAAGUUCCAAGCUUGGGAGGAUUACUUUAACAAAAGAAUCCAAGCUUUCCGCGACUCAGAGUUUAGCUGGCUGACCAAGUUCUUUUACUCAAUCAAUGCCAAUGUCGUGGUUAUGUGGUGCACCCCAGUACUUAUAUCAACUCUCACAUUCGGGACUGCACUUUUGUUGGGUGUACAACUCGAUGCUGGGACAGUGUUCACAACCACAACCAUCUUCAAAAUUCUUCAGGAGCCAAUCAGGGCAUUCCCGCAAUCUAUGAUAUCUAUUUCUCAAGCUAUUAUAUCGCUUGGGAGGUUGGAUCGAUAUAUGAUGAGUAGGGAAUUGGUGGAGGAUUCGGUGGAGAGGGUAGAAGACUGCGAUAGUAGGAUUGCUGUUGAAGUUAAAGAUGCCGCGUUUAGCUGGGACGAUGAAAGCAAUGAAGAGGCUUUGAAAAACAUAAAUAUAAAUGUUAACAAAGGCGAGCUAACCGCGAUUGUAGGGACAGUGGGAUCCGGAAAGUCUUCCCUUCUCGCCUCAAUUCUCGGUGAGAUGCACAAGUUAUCGGGAACGGUACGAGUUUGCGGGAAAACUGCCUACGUGGCUCAAACAUCAUGGAUUCAAAACGGAACCAUUGAAGAAAACAUCCUAUUUGGUUUUCCAAUGGACAGAGAGAGAUACCGGGAAGUUGUCAGGGUUUGUUGCUUGGAAAAGGACAUGGAACUGAUGGAGUUUGGAGAUCAAACUGAGAUAGGAGAGCGUGGCAUCAACCUAAGUGGUGGCCAGAAACAGAGGAUACAACUUGCUCGUGCUGUGUAUCAAAACUGUGACAUAUAUCUUCUCGAUGACGUCUUCAGUGCUGUUGAUGCUCAUACAGGGUCCGAAAUAUUUAAGGAAUGUGUGAGGGGAGCGCUUAAAAACAAGACGGUUUUACUUGUAACUCAUCAAGUGGACUUCUUGCAUAAUGUUGAUCUUAUUUUGGUCAUGAGAGACGGGAUGAUAGUACAAGCAGGAAAGUAUAACGAUUUGCUAAAUUCCGGCCUGGAUUUCAAAGAGCUUGUUGCUGCCCACGAAAACUCCAUGGAACUUGUAGAAAUGAGUACUGCUGAUCCCAGCAAAAGUUCCCACGGACCUCAAAUAUCUCAGCAACUCUCUUCAAAACGUGGGGAAGCAAAUGGUGAAAACAGCUCUUUGGACCAGCCAAAGUCUGAUAAAGCGAGUUCUAAGCUCAUCAAAGAAGAGGAGAAAGAAACCGGCAAAGUAAGCUUGCACAUUUACAAAGUUUACUGCACGGAGGCUUACGGAUGGGGUGGUGUGGUGGUAGUGUUGUCAUUGUCUCUGAUGUGGCAAGCAUCUCAAAUGUCGGGUGAUUACUGGCUGUCGUAUGAAACUGCAGCAAAGCGUGCAGCGUCAUUCAAACCAUCGGAGUUUAUAAUCGUCUAUGCAAUUAUUGCUUGUGUCUCAUUCGUUGUGGUAUUGAUAAGAGCACUUGUCGUGAUGUUUGUGGGGCUUAAAACAGCUCAGACAUUUUUCAAGCAAAUUCUUCAUAGCAUCCUGCAUGCCCCCAUGUCGUUUUUCGAUACUACACCUUCUGGAAGAAUUCUGAGUAGGGCAUCAACUGAUCAGACGAAUAUCGAUCUAUUUCUUCCCUUCAUAAUGGGUGUCACCAUUGCCAUGUACUUUACUGUGCUUGGCAUCUUCAUCAUCAUAUGCCAAUACUCAUGGCCCACUGUAUUCUUGCUGAUUCCGCUUGUUUGGCUUAAUGUCUGGUACCGGGGUUACUAUCUUGCAUCAUCUCGAGAGUUAACUCGACUUGAUUCAAUCACAAAAGCUCCUGUAAUCCAUCAUUUCUCAGAAAGCAUAUCUGGGGUGAUGACAAUCCGCUCAUUCAGAAUGCAAAGCUUGUUCUCCAAGGAAAACAUCAAACGAGUUAAUGCCAACUUACGUAUGGAUUUCCACAACAAUGGGUCCAAUGAGUGGUUGGGUUUCCGAUUGGAGAUGCUUGGGAGUUUACUUCUCUGUGUAUCCGCUAUAUUCAUGAUCUUGUUGCCGAGCAGCAUUAUAAAGCCCGAGAAUGUUGGUUUAACUCUCUCCUACGGAUUGUCCCUUAAUGGUGUGCUGUUCUGGGCCAUAUAUUUGAGCUGCUUCGUUGAAAAUAGGAUGGUGUCGGUUGAGAGGGUAAAACAGUUCACAAACAUUCCAUCAGAAGCAGCAUGGAAGAUUGUAGACCGUGUUCCUCCUCCAAAUUGGCCUUCUCGUGGCAACGUUGAGCUCAAAGACUUGCAGGUCAGAUAUCGCCCUAAUACACCAUUGGUUCUGAAAGGCAUUAGUUUAAACAUUUUCGGGGGUGAGAAGAUUGGCGUUGUUGGUCGAACAGGAAGUGGGAAAUCCACUAUAAUCCAAGUGUUCUUUAGGCUGGUAGAACCUUCAGGAGGCAGAAUUAUCAUCGAUGGGAUCGAUAUAACCACAAUAGGGCUUCACGAUCUCAGGUCUCGCUUUGGGAUCAUUCCUCAAGAACCUGUCCUUUUUGAAGGAACUGUGAGAAGCAACAUUGACCCAGUUGGAAUGUAUUCAGAUGAAGAGAUUUGGAAGAGCCUCGAACGCUGCCAACUUAAAGACGUGGUUGCUGCAAAACCCGAAAAACUUAACUCUUUAGUGGCUGAUAACGGAGACAAUUGGAGCGUGGGACAAAGACAGCUUCUCUGUUUGGGACGAGUCAUGUUAAAGCACAGCCGACUCUUGUUCAUGGACGAGGCCACUGCAUCAGUGGAUUCACAGACCGAUGCUGUAAUACAAAGGAUCAUCCGAGAGGAUUUCGCUGCCUGUACAAUUAUCAGCAUUGCGCACAGAAUACCAACGGUGAUGGACUGCAAUCGAGUUUUAGUAGUAGAUGCAGGACUAGCUAGGGAAUUUGAUGCACCAUCCCGCUUGCUUGAAAGACCGUCACUGUUUGGUGCCUUGGUUCAGGAGUACGCCAACCGAUCAUCAGGACUAUAACCAACAACGGCAUUCUGCAUCUCUCACCUCCUCAUCGUUGCUUCGAGUGGCGUUUCCAUUUACGCUCGCGAAUUUUCCAAGAAUCACUGGCACCCGUCCUCGAAGCCGGAGUAAAAGGGGCCGACUCCAAUCAAUUUUCCGAGAACAAGUCUUGCCUGCCACUGCAGGAAGUAGCUAAUGUAUAAUGUAUUUAGAUUAGAAAACUCAUAUUUAAGCUUUCUUGCUGCACAAGAAAUAUGAAGAUGCUUCUUGAAGCAUUCAGUUAUAUUAUUCCUGGAAAUUUCAGAAACUCAAAAUUUAUGGAUGCAAUCUCAUCAGUUUCCAA